AUGGAGCUGAUGGUGGAACCGGCAGAGACGGCCGUCGCAUCGCCCAGUUGCCUGCAGACGCUGCUUGCUCCUCCAAAUCACUUGAUCAUGGCUGACGCUGCGAUUGUCAUCGCCGUGGUGGCGCUGGUGCUGCCCUUGGGAGUGGUGGGACUGGUGUACUGCGUCGACCCUAACAAAAAUGGGGUUCUGAGCUCGUUGCGUCGAUUCGUCCUCGAUACGUUGCCGUCAUGGAGCAGUGACGUGCUGUUAAAGGUCUGUGGGCCAAGUAUUCACAGUGAUGUAGUGGAUGCCAUUGACUACGUCUUGAAUCGACCGAAUCCACUCAUGCAAGUGGUGUAUUUGCACUUGGUCAUUGGGGGGUACGCCCUCUUUAUCGUGUUUGGCCAGCCGUUGCUGCCCAACGUGUACCUGUCGUAUAACCAUGUUUAUUACGCAGGAGGUGCUGCGCUGGCCGCGUUGGUCACGUUCUUGCAAGUCUGUACGACCAGUGCUGGCGUUGUCAACGCACGUGACUCGUUGGUGCAGUACCAUGCGUACGAGUUUGACCAAGUCAUGUAUAUACGUGGAAACGCGUGCAAAACUUGUCACUUGAACAAACCAGCUCGAUCCAAGCACUGCACUGUGUGCAAUGUAUGCGUGCCGCGAUUCGAUCACCACUGCGCUUGGCUGAAUGGUUGUGUGGGCGAGCAGAAUUACCGGUACUUUGUCCUGUUCAUUGUCUCCAACUCGUUGCUGUGUGUUUACGGCGGCAUCAUCCUGCUCUACACUCUCUUGGGCGAGGUUGUGACGUUGCACUUGUUUGAGUCGAAAUACAUCAACUACGACACGGGCGCGCCCACGGACGCGACGGUGUGGAUCGUGGCGCGAUAUAUCAUUUACAUCCACCCCGUUGUGUGCAUGCUAUUUUUCAUGUGUCUUGUCAUGGGAGCGGCGUUGGUCGCGUUUGCUGGCUUCCACCUCUACUUGGUCGCUUCGAACCGCACGACGAAUGAAUUUUUCAAACAGUGGGCCAUGGCGCCCCAAGUCCGUGCAUCCGCCGCGACGUUUUACAGCCGCUCCGUUGUGGACAAUAUGGUCGAGGUUUUCUUUCCAAAAGCCACGGCUGUUAUGCGACCUUGGACCAAAAAGACCAAUUAAGA